GAAGUUGUCUGGUAAAGCAUGAAUCCUAAUUCGGUCUAAAAUGAGCAUUAAGUACUCUGAAACUCCCUAUUUAAGCCAUAACCCCUUCUGUAAACAAUAGGCAGAGUUCAUCCCUUGAUAUUUGUGAGGCUAGCCAUGUGAAAUAUGUCCAUCUAUCUACAAUAUCUGACAUGUAAAAGUUACACUAGCUACACUAGCCACAUGUUUAUUUCUAACCCAGUACUUUAUUUCAUUUAGAAUUUGAACAAUAACAAUAACAAACUGGCUGGUCCAUUUUAAAUACUCGUAGCAUUGGUGAGAAGUCAUAUAAAGAUAAUUUAGUGAGAACUUAAUUUUAUAGACAAGUUGUAAUUAUUUCGUGUAUGUGCUUUACUAACUGCCACACGUUCUUGAAACAUAUAGUUAGUAAAACUCACCUAUUGUUACUUAUAAUGUUUAUAUACCCUUUUCAUUCCUCACUUGUUAAGCUAAUUGUUAAUUGAUAGUUAUACCCCUUUAAACCCUGCAUCAACACAAACAAAAAAACAUGAACACUUAAACAGUUAUAGUUUUUUCAAUUUUAUAAAGUGAAGUAAUAUUUGUAAUUUGUAAUUACAAAUCUCCUGUUUAUUAACAAGUGAGACAUAUCUCUUCUUAACCUUCUUACUAUGUAAAGUUUUUUUUGUCACAGAUUAUUAGGUAUUCUAAUUUUUUUUACAUGGAAGGUAAUGUAAAGUGAUUGAUAAAUUUAAUACCCUACUUGUUCAAUCCUGGUUAUGCACAAUGUUACAACUUACACUAUGUAUAUAUAUUUUACACCGGGGCUGGGGAAAAAGUUUUUAUGGUAUAAAUUUGUAAUUUUCCGUCAAUGUAAAUGGCAAAAUAAAGCCCCCAUAAGUUGUCAAACAUUAUUAGGCUGCCAUAUAGAGUAAUCUAUAUAGAGGAAACUAGUGUUUUAUGCUUUUUAUAGUUCUUUUAUCUUUAUAUCUAUUUUUGAUCAGUUGGUAUAAUUUGAUUUAGAAACUGUGUUCAGGUAAUAACACAAUAAUUAGUGGUAAAAACAUCAAUACUUAGAAAUAAACAUAUUACCAUAAUUUGGGAUAGCAAGCACCAUCGCAAUAUUUUAUCUUUUUUAUAAAUAUAAACAUCUAUUUAAUGUAUUGACUUUCACAAAACUGAACUACUUUAAGAAAAGUGUGAAACAAUUUUUUGUCACGUUUGUUUCUUAUCUAUGCAUUUGUUUUUUGUUUGAUAGUUUUGAAUGCUAAUUUUGUGAGUACUAAUUUUCAUAAAAUUAAUCAAAAUGUUUAAAAAUCUGAAAAAUGUUACCAUUGAUAAUUAGUACUAAUUAGACCAGCAAAAACAAAAACGUAAGAUUUUGCUGAAAAAUAUUUUAGCAAGACAGGUAAUAUUUGUAUUUAGUAGCUAAAUGGAAUAUGCAAAUUUUGAAUGGAAAUGACCUAAGAAUGAUUUAUAUAUUACCAGUAAAAUAGAAAGGUUAAUUAUAAUGUCUCAAAGUUCAGGUUUAUAAAAUGUCUAAUCAAGGGAACAAGUAGAAGUUACAAAGUUAUAUCCCUGCUACAAAAACAUUUUGUAACAUGCAAUCGAUCCAUCUUUGACACAACUUUUUUUAUGGCCAGUCCCUAUGGUUCCUCUCAAGUGUGUUUUUACUAAAACGAUUCUCUGUGUAUAGGCUCCCUCAGUAAUUCUGGAUAGUAUAUUGUACAAAGGAGGGAAAGACAAACUUUUAUCGUAAGGAUGAAUAUGAAUGUUCUAAAUUCGUUGGUAAAUGAGGAGAGGUAAAUAAUCAAUUUAACUAGUGUUUGCCAUAAUGAAUGUUAGGUAGAGGUCAAAAUUGCUUGGGUCAUAAUAAUUUUUUUAUUUUCUUAAGCAAUUAACUUAACAUAAAUUUCGUCUAAAAGCUGUUUGUCUCAUACAGGGCCUUUUUAAAAGUAGUCCAGAAAUUAAAGGAGGGUUAUUUCUCCUUGAUGAAACAUUCUCUUUUGAUUUUUUCAUCAAAAGAACUGAUAAUAUAACAUAAUUUAGGAUGGCUUUUGAGCUUAUUGGGUAGCAAUGUAAUAUUUUAGGGUACAGAAAAUAUAAAGAGAAAAAUACGGAAUACAGAAAAAUUAUUAACUAUUUACAGGCUUUUUACAGGCUACAGACCACACAAUCACAUACCUCACAACACCUACACACACACAAAAGAAAUAGGGUGUGCUUCCUGCUACUCACUUAUAAAAUAUUUUUGAAAAAGCUUGUAGCUAUGAAAAAAUAUUGAAUAAUAUUGACAUGAGCAAUAUAGGAUUAAAACAGUAUUGAUGUCAACAAUUUAGAGAUUUAUAACUUUAUCAAUUAUAAUGUCUUUUAGGACAUUAUAAUUGAUAUUAUAUUCAGGAAUUAUAGUUGCUGAAAACCAAUUAAUACUAUAUCACAAAAUAUUAUAUUCAUUUCAAUACUGUUAAAAAGAUUAUGAAACUUAAAAGUUUGGUGCUGUAAUUGAAAUUUAUUUCUCAUUAAAAUUUUGGUCUAGUAUUAUGCAAAGGUAUUGGUGGGAAAUUAAUUUAAACGCAGUGAUGUGUGUAGUAAUAUAUCAAUACGUUUGUUUCUAUUCUUGCGGUAGUUUUUAAUCAUGUUACAUAUUAUACUUUUUUAUGUUUAUACUAGUUGUAAGGCAGAAUCCAUUUAGGCAGAAGAACAAUACCAAAGAUCGAUGAUUUUUAAAUUUUGACAAGGGAGCUAUUAUGGUUUAAGGUAUUUUCAUGAUUUCACCAAUCCUUAGGUUAUAAAACAAGUGGUUUGAUGAAACUCUGGGGAAUCGCACCAAUGUUGGUCUUAGCUGGCCCAUAUUUUCUGAAUUUGUAUCAGCUUUUCUAUUCCUUUCUGAAUUGUUUUGUGUAAUCAUAACGUUUAUCCCUAUGCUAGCUGCCAGUAGGAUAUGAAUCAGGAGAAAAGCAUGUUGACUAGGCUACCUUCUCAUCACAUCAUGCUGGAUGUACCUUUGUAGCUAGUUUUAAAGUUAGUUUGCUAAGGUUCGUAUAUGGCUUACCUGUCUCCUUUGACACAAACACUGAUCAAAAUAUUGUAUAAAAGCAUAACAUUUAGGCAAACAGUUAAGAUUUACUUGAUUCUAAAGAUCUUUAAUGACAUUAUCCAAAUGGAAUAUUUUUACUGCCAUAUCUGCGCACUUUUUUGGAACUUUUCCUAGGUGGGCCAUAGUUGUAAAAAUUUUCAUUUGAAACUAGUUUUUAGUAUAAUAUAUACCAGUAUGAUUUUUGAUAACCUAUUUAAAUUGUUAUAUUUGACUCUUUAUUUCUGAGACCAGAAAAUAUAACCCACAAUGUCAAAAACUGAAAAUCUUCUGCAUUGCUAAACAGAAUCUUUAAGCCUAAAUUAAAACUCCUUUAUUUAAUUCUACCACCAGAUAGAAAAGUAGCAAUACUAGCAUCAAAAGCCCUUGGACUCUGUUAUGAUUUUAUAUAUUUUUAGUCUUUGCCUUAAUAAACUGCAAAAGAGUGUUUUCUUUAAGCACCUGUGUAUGCUACUCUUUAUUGCUAUUUAAGUUUGUUAUGCAUGUAAAUGUAUAUUUCUUUCUUAUAGAAAAAAGAUAAUUGAUUAUGAUUCGAGUUAUCAUUUUUUUUCUAACAUUGUCGCUUGUGGUAAGUUUUUCAGCUGUUUUGAUUUUAUUUAUUACAAAAUUUCCUGUUAAAAAGUUAUACAUUUUUAGGCCAUAUGGCUUAGACCAGCGAGAUUGGGAGCACACUCUUUACAUGUAAUUCACAAAGCCCUGAUCAUUUAAAGGCAUACUGAAACACAAAAUAAAAAACUCAACAUUGAAAGUACUCAUAUCCUUAAAUGCGAAAAUCAUUGUUAAAGUCAAAUUAAUUUCUUUUGUUAACAUGUGUGGCUUAUCUUCGCCUCCAUUUUGUUAUUUAGAAGUAGAGUAAAGCUGUGGUGAAAAUUGCAUAAUUAGCCGACAUCAAAAAAUGUUCUGCAUAUAGAAUUCAUGUUUUGUGUUUCUCCGUUGGUGUGAAAAUAAUUGUUGAAGCUUGCAUCAUGAGAAAAAUACAGGUGUGUGAUUGCAAGCAAGUGCAAUUUUGGAGAAAGAGAAGUUGUUGACACAAAUGGCAAGAAAAAAUGUCUUGAUUGUCCCUUAUGUGGGAAAGGGAAACAACCUGCCCACUGUGGCAUGAAUAUAACAUAUAAGUACCCUUUAAAUAAUUCAUGUAUGGAUUGUCCUGAAGGGUACUUUAAUGAUCAACUGAACAAUGCAUUUUUAUGUAGGAAAUGUCCUACAUGCAGUCUUGUUGAAAAAGCAAUAUGCCUUAAAUAAAUUGGCAUAUGUGAGACCAGACCGUUAAUUAACUCAACAAUGAAAUCAUAUACACCGUUAAAGAAGCGUGAAGAUACAACCUUUGCUACCACUACUGCUACCCAACUUACCACACGAGAUUCACAACCGAUUUCCUACUCAGCAGAAAAGUUGUGUUCAAGCUGGAUGCCUAUGCAUUCUAUUAUGAUAGUACUGGUUGUUGUUCUAGCGGUUAUUGCUCUAGCGGUUAUUGCUUUUACUGCAAUCUGUUGUGUUUAUACACUCAAAAAUGCAGUUCGUGCCAGAAAUGAUCAAGAUGUAUAAAUGCAGCCGCUGACCAACUCACAAGGUCUUUCAAAUACAAUUACGGGAGGACUACACGGGAAUGUUGUGAGCCAGACCGGAUAUAAUCCGGCUACAGAAGAGAAACGCAGUUGACCGUCGACCAAGGUGGAGAGGAACCAUGGGGGUGAUAGAGACGAGUGACUGGUUAUUUAUUUAGAUGCCAACAGCGUUGCAGAAAAUGGAAAUGUUGAAAAUGGUAAUAGUGAAAAAUUUAAGAAGAGUUAAAGAAUCUCCUUAUUUGAUGUGAAUACAGCAAAGUUGAACGGCAUUUGUUCUCAAAAAUGCAUUGUUCUUAACUAAACACCCUUAAAAUCUCCCAAAUUCAACCAAAGUUGAAAAACGUCAAAGUUACCAUUAAUCAAAAUAGUUCAUUUCUAAAUUGCUUCUUUUGGUAACAUUGAGCUGCAUUUUUGAUUUUCUGCAAUGAAAAGUCUAGUACCAUCCUUAUGUUAUAAAUAGAUUUUACGGAAUUUUUAUAUUACAUGUUACCAAAUAUUGGUAAAAAUAAGUUAAAUUGGUAAAAAUAAGUUAUCUUCAGACUAUAUAAAUAACUAUAUAGUCUUAAGAUGUACUUAGUGUACGAAAAGCUUAUCAAUUAAAUACUUUUUAACUUUCAAACUCGUUUUAUUUUAUCUUAAUGUUAGCAAAUGUUGAACGCAACGAUACAAUAAUAAAUAUUUUUUUAUAUUUAUUUUUAUACACACAAACUAAAAUGGUUUAUUGUAUUUUACUUGUAUUUUUUGUUAAAGCAAUUUUUAUACGUUGUAAUAUUUGAGCACGUAUUUUUUGAACGCACAUUUUUUAUUUUUUUUACAAAAACGAACGGCUUUUUAUAUUUGAUUUCAUUCGAUUGAAUAAUUGGAAAUUAACAUGUCAUAAACUAACUAGUUGGAGGUGAAACAUUAAUUCUAGCUAAAUUUAACUUUUUAUAUUUGGACUGUGUGUGCAGUUGAAUCUUGUCAUUGGAUUUUUAAAAUUUCAGAAAGGAUUUUAGAUCUGCCACUGGGGACGAGGUGAGCCUGAAAAUAGAAACUGAGGAAAUAUUAUUCCGUCUUUAUUUUGAAAUAGCUAAGAUCGGUUUUCGUAACAAAGAAGAAAUCUACGAGAGGCUGAAUUUUUUGUGGCGGUGUAUUUUUUUUAUACUUUUUCGGCUCGUAAAAGCAUCGUUGAUGGAUCAACAAAUUUAUCCAUAAAAUUGUAGACGCGGCAUUUAACCAUGUCAAAAAUCGUAUGAGAAAAGCGAAGAAGUUAUAAAUGAGAUAACUAAAAUGAAUUUUAUUAUAAUCAAUAAUUCUUCUUUUUUAUAUAUAUAUAUAUUUUUUUUUAUUUGUAGCAUUAAUAUUUUAUAAUCAUCUUGUCUAUAAAUCAAUCAAAAGCGAUUAUGAAAUAAAUAUAAUAGGAAUGUAUAAAAAGUUUUUUUUGCUUGCAGAGAAAAAAGGUGAAGAAAAGAAAUAACUGAUCGCCAACGUAGAGAGGAAAAGAGGAAACACUUUUUUUAUUGUGUUUCCCUAUAUCGCGAAAGCAGUUGUUGCCAUGGAAACAAAGAAAGAACAAGUUGCAAUCAAAAACAGACAGAAAUAGUAAUUAUCGAGUUAACGUGUACGUUGAUCACUCGACCGAAUUAUUUCGAGUUAACUCGACAGGGCGUAACACAAAGUAUCUCCAGCUUACAGCAAUGCAAGAAACAAAGCAGGUUCUUAUUCAGAAUAAUGAAGACGACUACUUUUCCUCUCUGCGUAGGAGAGAAAUGAGAAAUUCGGCGACUUCGUACAACCGUUAUCCGGAGGAUACGGCGAAUAAAAACAGAUCUUGCAAAAGCGAUGGAGAAUCAAAUGGAUUUAUCGAGGAUGGUUUUUAUUCUUCUUUGCAAUCAAAAGAAAAACACAAGCAACAAAAGAUGGAAGAAAAAAACUCUGUUUUUAAGUACUCCGAUCCCGGCUCUUCCUCGUGGGUAGCAAAUGGGAUAAGAACUGAGAAGCAGGAAGUACGCAAUCUUUACCAAAAUGAUGAAAUAAACGAAUUACUUACGCAAUUGUUUUCUCCGGUGCUAUCGAUACAGAGCGAACCUUUAGGUGCGACAUUAAGUAAGAACUAUAGUUACUUAAUUGGCGAUACGAUGGGAGAAAAAAACGUGAAAAAUGAUCCGGUGCUAUCGAUACAGAGAGAACCUUUAUGCGCGGCAAAGAGUAGGGACUAUUUUUAUAUGAAUGGCGAUACAAUGGGAAUUAAAAACGGAAAAAAUUAUUCAGUGAUAUCAAGUAAUAACGGAGCUUUCCGUGUAGCGGCGAGUAAAAACAAUCUUUAUUUGAAUCACGAUACAAUGGAAGAUGAAAACGUGAAAAAUGAUCGGGUGCUAUCGACACAGAACGAAUAUUUAGGCGCGGCAAUGAGUAAGAACAAUCGUUACAUAAAUGGCGCUCUGAUGGAAGAUAAAAACACGAAACAUGAUCCGGUGCUAUCGAAACAGAAGGAACCUUCAGGGGCGGCAAUGAGUAAGAACAAUCGUUACCCAAACGAUGAUACGAUGGAAGAUAAAAUCUUAAAAAAUGAUCCGGUGUUAUCGACACACAACAAACCCGGUGUGGCAACAGAAAAGAGCAACCGUUACAUGAAUGACAACGUAAUGGGAGAUAAAAACGUAAAAAGUGAAACAUAUACACUUUUCGCCGUCAUCAGAAAACCUUCCAAAAUAACAGUUCCUGAAAAAAAGAAAAAUACAGAAGAUCCACUCAUAUCUGUUAAUUGUGGCGUUACUGGUCACUCAUACAGGAAUUGCAAAUCUAUGUCAAAAUACGCAAAUAGUAUCAAGGUAAAAGCAAUGACGCCCUCUAACUUACGCCCUAUUGACGCCCCUUUAAAUGAAGUAUCUGUUAAUCAUUUACAACCCGUGCGAGAAGUAACAUCGUUUGACGUAACUUCAGGACGAAGAACUUUUAAAUUCAUUAUGCACGACUUCCAAAGUAUAUUUUGCGGAAUGAGAGUCAUUUCUGAUGUUAAUAUGGAUGUAAACCAGAAAUUCAAAAAGUCAGAAAUGAUUUCCCCUUCACACCGUAUGUCUCCUUUGCUUUUAGCCGGCAACAGAAAGCGUGGUGAUUACAAAAUAGGAACAAAGAGCGAUGGAAGAACAGGCUUCAAAAAAGGCGUCGGUAAUAUGGACGGAAAACAAGAGCCUCAAAAUGACGACAUGACGUCAUUUCCUGUUGAAAAGGUUCGGAAAAAUAACGAUCCCAUGUACGUCGCUCUCCAAACAAGCCACGCUAGGAAGACAUAUAGGAAAGCUUCAGUUCAGAAAUAUUCUUUGAAUAUAAACACACCAGGCUUUGGUGCUAUAUCAGCCAAAAAAACAAACCUAAAUGCGCCAUGUUUUAAGACUUUUUGCUACUACAGCUCGUCAUUACUUUUACACAAAACAUCGCAUAAUGGUGUAUAUACUUCAAAAAUUCAAAUUCAAAAAGAAAGAAAAAUGGGUAUAUUAUUCCAGAAAAGAAGAAAUACAUCCAACGACAAGAAAAACUCAAGUUUAAGCGUUAGAUACUUUUUUUGAAUUCUAAAAUUGUACAGUUAUACCGUUGUACCGUUACUGGAUGUCUGUUUUAACAAAAACAAUCCUGAAACGACCGUUUCGUGUAAACGCUGACACAUUUUGAUAAAAAAGGAAAGUAUAUAUUAUUAAUCUUUGAUCAUCUUUUUCGAUUUCAAGAAAAGGUGCAUGAAGCAAACUGUUUCUAAAUAAUUAGUUUUGAUAAAGAAAAUAUAUAGACAAGUGAUUUCUUAUUAAGAACCCCUCCCCCUUCUCUCAUUGACCAACUUUUACGAAACGAGACUUUUAAUGAAGCUCCCGGUCGCUUAAUCGAAAUAAAUGAAGUGUUCCAUAAAUAUGUCUAUUGUUCCUUAAAUACGAUAGUCUUCGGAAAACCGGAACAUUUAAUUUAAUAUAGUGUAAUUUUAAAACAGUUUAGCAAAGCUGCUAUAAAAAUACGUGUACCUUUAAUCUCUCCCAACAUCAAACAUACUCAUUGGUCACACUACAUUUACAAAAAUUAAAUAAAUCCAGUCCAGAAUUUAAAUCCAACAAGUCUCGCUUUAAGAAACACAAGCAGGUCAGAAGAUAUGCAGUCUCUUUAAAACAGUAAAAUGCAUCCUACUUUGCGGAAGGAACUUAAAUUAAUCUUAUGUGUAUUACUCACGGACAAAACGAAUCGCAAAAACGUACUUUUUUAAAACAUCAAUUCUCUAUUUCUUAAGUCUCUGUUAACAUAAAGUUUUACGUGAAAUAUUAAACAUCAAUAUAUACAGUUUCACCCGA